AUGACGGCAGCAAAAAGUGACGAGGAAUGGCGCGCUGUUCUCACACCUAAACAAUUUCAUAUCUUGCGUGAAAAAGGUACCGAGUUAGCUGGGACAGGCGAAUAUGAGAAAUUUAAAGGAAAAGGCGUAUAUCAAUGUGCGGCAUGUAACGCUCCACUAUACGUCUCUGAUACAAAAUUUGAUUCGGGUUGCGGGUGGCCAGCUUUCUUUGAUGCAAUUCCAGGUGCUGUUGAACGACACGAAGAUAAUUCACUUGGCAGAACAAGAACUGAAAUUACAUGUGUUAACUGCGGUGGACAUUUAGGACACGUUUUCAAGGGUGAAGGAUGGAAAUUCACAGAAGCGGAUGAACGUCAUUGUGUGAAUAGUGUUAGUCUCAAAUUCAAAGAAAAAGAUGAUACCAACUUAUAA